GGCCCGAGCUGCUGGGUGAAGCGCGGAGACUGUUUGGCGGUGAGUCUGGGGUCGGUCGGAGCCCAAAACCCCAGAUCGCGGGAAACGUCCAAAGAAACGAAUUACCAGGCGUUCCGGAGCAGUCGCCGCCGACUGCCGGUGCCCUGUCCGCCGCCGCGGACCCCCGCCGCCCGCCGCCCGCAGAUCCGCCCGGGGAGGCCUGUAGGCCUAGGCGCGGCCCGCGGAGCCCGACGUGCUGCUGCUGCCCGCGCUGCUGUGAGUAAUCCGAGCGCCCUCUCCACGGUCGUUUACAGAUUAAAAUGGAGGAAAUUUCGUUGGCCAACCUGGAUACUAACAAGCUAGAGGCCAUCGCUCAGGAAAUAUACGUAGACCUGAUAGAGGAUUCUUGUUUGGGCUUCUGCUUUGAGGUGCACCGGGCAGUCAAGUGUGGCUACUUCUACCUGGAGUUCGCGGACACUGGUAGUGUGAAGGAUUUCGGCAUUCAGCCGGUGGAAGAUAAAGGAGCGUGCCGCCUGCCGCUUUGCUCCCUUCCUGGAGAGUCUGGGAACGGGCCUGAUCAGCAGCUGCAACGCUCACCUCCGGAAUUCCAGUAGCUGCAACAUGAGAGAGAGCCUGAGUGUGACCAGGACGAUAACAUAGACCGGUCCUGUGGUCUGGAGAAGUUAGGUAGCUAAGUAGAAAAAAAAUAAGAUAAAAUCAGACAAAAGUCCCAAUUCCCACUGAAGAUUCUAGUCUUUAAAAACCCAAAGUGGAGAAUUUAAAAAUGUGGAUUCUUUUCUAAAUAUAUUAACCUGGGAUCAGCUUUGAAACCCUGGGCAGGAGGAGCUGUGCAUCUUGUGCGCCAGGCAAUGCAGUUUGAUCUCUAAACACACCAGGAAGUACACAAGAUCCCUGUGCUGCCUGCCCCUGGUGCACAGGUGAGCAGCUGUGUGCCCAGCUUAUAAGAUCCUUUGGUUUCUCAUCCUUUCAGUCUGCCUGAUGUCAAGGGCUUCCUGGAUAACUGACACUUUGGACAUAACUGAUGGUUAGGCCUUUAUCUUUGGGCCUCAGUGGGACUGCUCCUGUGAUCUCUGAGCAUCUGAUUUGGGCUUCUCCAAGACAAAAUGAAAGUCAGGUAUGAGAUCUGGAUAUUAACAGUUCCAGUUUGGGAAAACCAAGAAAAAGAAUUUCCACCUGAAUCUGGUAGGGGAAGCUCUGUGGUCUUGGCUCCAACAAGAAGAAAAGGUCAAAGCCACCAGUUUUCCAGAAGUCCAGCAUUUACAGUGACUUCAGCGGACUUGGGGACAAGGGCUAGCCUUUUGCUAAACAGAGUCCUCUUUCUGGCACUCAAUCUGGUGGCAUAGGCUUAGCAAAUGGACAACUUGGUUAUCCAGGCAGUUGAGGAUUUGGUUAUGGUCCCUUGGGGAGGCAGCAGGGGCCUCUGCAACUAUGCACGAUCUCUCAAACUGCAAGAUUCAUACCUGGAUAUAUUAUUCUUUGGACAACAGUUUGGUGGGGCUGUCAUUUUCCUACUCUGAGUUGUAGUUACAUAGCCAGUCCAUGCGUCUGACUUGGUCAUUAUGCUAGGUCACUACCUGCCUUCUACCCUAGUGGCAGGUCUGAGCUAUAGAGAGGAGCAUCAUGGCUGUGCAGGAGGCUGUGGUUUGAUGCUGAGCCCAGAGCGGACCUCUUCCAGCAGCCCUCAAUAAUGUGAAUGGGUUAGUGUUAGGAGCCAGAGAGCAGCACUGGGUUUUCUCCCAUCAGCCUGUGCAGUAUCCUAUUGAAUGCUCCUGUUCUUUGGGUUGUUCAGUUACAGAGCUGUGCUGUGGUACAUAGACUUUCACCACCUUCUCUGCCCCUCACAAAGGGCAGCCCUUUUCACUUGGUUCUCUUUGGACCCUGAUUACAGGAGCUGUUGUUUGUUGUUGAAAGUCACAGAAGGGCUCCCAGAAAUCCCCUGGCUUCAGGGAAUGGGAUAGGGGAGGAUGGAAAGUGUGAGCUACAUAUCAAAACUACCCUCCACUUUAUUCCCUGAUUGAGUGUUGAAGUGUAGAGGGGUGGGAGCCACAAGGAACGGUGCUGCUUUAUUUGAAAUGUUUUCUUACCUCAUUCUGUGCCCCAGUAAGGGGCCCAGCCUCAUCAGUCUGGCUUGGCCCCAUGUUCCUCCUUUUCCCUGUUCCACUGCCUAUCUGGUGCAGCUCAUGACUCCAGGUGCUGCCUGCCACCCUGCUUUCACAGUGACCAGUUUCAGUUCAUCCCUUGAUGCUCCUGCUUUUGAAGCCUGUCCAGUUUCCUUUUCCUUGGCUUUUUCUAAGUUUUUUCCCCCCUGUUUUUGUGGAAAACAAAAGAUUUUAUGGCUCCCUCUGUUGGGAUUAGGAUAGGAAGAAAACGCUAAUUGUAUACAAAAGGCAAUGUGAUUCUAAGUCUUCUAUAUGACUGCCUUGCUAAUAUGCCUUCCUGCUGUGUCUUACUUCAUGAGGAGUUAUAUUUUCUCACUUCCACUUGAAUAUUGUUUCUUAGGACCUCAGCAGAAGAACAGUAAAGGCUAGAGACAAACACAUGGAUGGAGUGGGUCCUGAUCCAUUUUCUCUAACCCUGGCUGUGCAUGUAUCCUCCUUAUUCCAGAAGGAAUUAUUUGGACUGUGUGGACUGAUUUGGGUUACAUGCUCUAGAAUAUUCAGCAAACCAUAGUAAUAGGGCCUCAAGACUGUCGAUUACUGCAUUCUCUCCCUAGAGUUGUCCUGCUCAGGGCAGGGGCCUAGUUACAGAUUGGUUUCAAUCCAGGAAUUAUGAUUACUUUUAAAAAAAAAUCAAACCUUGGCAAGAGCUAAAAUCAUUUUGGGUAAUCUGCCCUUGACUUUUUACAGACAUUUCUAACAGAAUAUAAAGGUAAAAGAGGGUCUAAGUGAGAUUCUGGCCUACUUCCAGAAAAUGUCUGGGAAACAGGCUGAGGGUAAGGCCAUGGUCCACUCUUCCUUCAAAGAGGGAGCGCAGAAUGUGACAUCACCAUUUUCUUUCUGGUCUUUUCUCCUGGUUAGAGAAGGAGGAAGAGGGCACUUCAUAUCAUCUUUCUUUCUCUCUCUUGGUUUUUGUUUUUAACCCCCUGCCCUGGAUGGGUAUGAGGUGGGCUGGAACCAACUAACUCCUUUUGUUUUGGUGGAGAUAAUGCUCUUUACCAUAUAGUUGACAGUGGUUAGGAACUCUCCCUUUCCCUACCUAUCUUCCCUCUAACAGCAAAGUUCCUAUCCUUUCCUCCUCAAUGAAAUGUAUUGAUCACCCUGUAAUUCUAUUAUGUAUCUGUGUGUGUGUGUGUGUAUGGGGGGAAAGGGGUUCUUUACAAAUUUUCUGUGGUUUGUGGCUUAUUCUUCCAUACAUUAGUUCCUAUCACCGCAUGCCCAGGGGCCAUUGCCUGGCAUUAUAGCAUGCUGGGAUCAUUGGGGAAGUGUAGUGAAACUCACCCCUGUCCUUUGUUUUGGAGAUUCUUAUUUUUGCAUAAGUAGUCUAUCCUAUACAGAUUGCUGUGUAUUCCCCUUGCCCCUAUGGCUGCUGGUGUAAAUAAAUUGCAUCUCCCCAUUGGUAAAC